UAUGCCACCGACUCAGCAUUUUCUAGAUUCCACUGUCAUUGCUCGCGACAAUCGUUCCUCGCGGUCCUGUUCGCUGCAGACCCUCAGGAACAAUGUGCUAGUAUGCAGGUCCUGGUAUAAUGUCGGCAUUAGCUUCCUCUACCAGCCAUGUUGUCGUUCUGCAGAGCAAGCAACUCUUCGCGCUUGCACGCGUCGUCUCGAACAACCGCAGCCUCGGCGAGAUAAUAUUAUCUCUGCACCUGCAGUGUUAUGUUUCAGUGGCGCAGAUGGCCACAGUCUCAAUGGCUGUGGACAGCAUCUGAGCGGUGACUCCAAAUCUUACCAAAUUUACUCUUGUGCCCAUCAUGAAGAGACAGCCUUUUCUUAAUCACGAGUUUCUCCGCCUGGUCGCUCUCACGCAGAAUACCCCUUCUCGCAUCACAGAUCUGUACUUCCGUAUCAGUCGCACGCUCAAAGACACCCUGAACCUCAUGCCAACUUUCACGUACCUCACCGCUCUCCAUAUCGACAUGAUCAUUGGAGAAAACGAUGGACUCCCCACCGAGCACCUACAUCUUGCCUUUUUGGAAGAACUGCACAUUAUGCACGUUACUUGGCACUCGUAUAGACAUGACAUGAAUGCCUUUUCUGCACUGGCUGAGACCCUCAGCCUCCCCUCUCUCCGACGUCUGCUUUUGACAUCACAAGCUGUUGAAGACGAGAUGGUUUUUGAGCCACUGUUGCGUAAAUUUGGACAUAGUCUCCACUUUGUCUCGUUGGUUAGGCCUCAUAUAAUCAAUCGCUACUACCCUUACGACUAUCGCCACCCCCUUCCCCUGAUUCCAUUGCUUUCCAUGUGUCCAAAUUUACGCCACCUCGCCACAGACACGCGUAUUCCAAUCCGAAUGCCUACGCAUGCACACUUGACAUGGAUAGACUUAUGGGUCCAGAGACGAUUUUUGGAUCCGAGCGAACAGUCAGCUGUGACGCUCAUGCCUCACGAAGAGAAAGUCAAGCUUCCUUCGUUACGGGGGGUGCGGUUACUCGACAUGUCUUUAUUCCCGUUCAGCGGCGCGCGCACGCCGCUCCUCAUACCGCCAGAUAUGGUUGGGAGCACGGAGAGCGUCAUUUGGAGUUAUUCGAGUGUGGACUUGCGCCAUGACCCUGGAUUACUUUAUAGACAAAAGGUGAACGAGGUCGAUGAUGUGCUAGCUGAGAGUCUGGAGCACAGGUUGUGACCGGGGUCUGUAUGUUGUAUGACGGGUCAGGGUGUGAGCCUUGGGUAGAAUGAUGACAUUGUAUAUCGUCAGCUGGAUCUGCAGUGCGUCAGCGACACUGCAUGAUUAUAUUACCGCACUAAAAUAUCAAUGAG